UGAAUACAGCCCUCUGAGGGAGCGCACCAGUCUACAAAUUGAAUAUACUGCCAGAUGAUCUAGUACCUGCACUAAGCACCACAGAAUAAGAGUGCCUUGAAGUUACUAUCUACCAUCAUCUAAAGGAUUGCUAUUACCCCAGAGAUCGUUUACAUUCUGUUUCUCCCGAAAUCAGCAGGACAUUUUCAGAAAGGGUGAUGUAAGUGAACUACUCUAGGAGUACACACCCACUUCAGGAGGAGGUACAGGACGAACAAUAUUCAAUCUGUGCUCCACAGAUUAGCGCAAGGUCUCAGUGCUAUGGAAAAGAAACUGGCCGAGUACAAGUGUGACACAAAUGACGCAAUUAAGCUAAAAUUGGUGCGCUUUCCAGAGGACAUUGAUGAUGAAGGCACAACUUUUCAUCCAGAAUAUACCCACCAAACAUUUGGAGAUGAUGAGGUGGCUUUUGGCUACAAGGGUUUACAGAUGUUGCUCUACUACAGUGCUGGAAAUCUGUCUACAUUGUUUCGCGUCCAAUACAGCUCUAGAGUAAAUGAGAAGUUUGAUGCUGUCCAGGCAGAUGAUGUUGAAAGCAAAAUUCGAGAGCUAAUACCUUCAGGCUUUUGCUGUAACUCAGAUGAUUUUAUUUCUUUAUUGGACAAAGAAGUUAAUUUUAAACCAUUUGGAACAAUAAUUCACACUUACACUGUCCACAAUGAAGAAGCAGGUGAAGAUCUGACAUAUCAAAUAUACAAGGCUGACAUGACCUGUCCAGGAUUCAGAGAAUACCAUGAAAGGCUUCAAACCUUUUUGAUGUGGUUUAUUGAAAAUGCUAGCUAUAUUGAUGUGGACGAUGAACGAUGGGACUACUUUUUGGUAUUUGAGAAGUAUAAUAAGGACGGAGCUACGCUCUUCGCAACCGUAGGCUACAUGACAGUCUAUAAUUACUACGUGUACCCAGACAAAACCCGGCCACGUGUAAGCCAAAUGUUGGUUUUGCCUCCAUUCCAAGGGGAAGGACACGGAGCUCAUCUUCUGGAGACUGUUCAUCGAUAUUAUGUAUCGUGUCCCAAAAUAUUAGAUAUUACAGCUGAAGAUCCAUCUGAAAGCUUUGUCCGUCUUCGAGACUUUGUUUUGGUUAAACUCUGUCAAAAUUUGCCUUGUUUUUCCCCUGAGAAACUUUUUGAAGGAUUCAGCCAAGAAAUGAUCACAGAGGCUCAACAGAAGCUAAAGAUAAAUAAGCAACAUGCAAGAAGAGUUUAUGAAGUUCUUAGGCUUCGUGCAACAGACAUGAGUGAUUCUGAAAAAUCUAGAGCAUACAGAUUAGAAAUCAAAAAGAGACUUGUUGGUCCAUACAAGAAAAACCAGAGAGAGAUGGCAAAGAUGAGAAAAUGUCUCAAACCAGAGGAGCUAACAAACCAGAUGAACCAAAUCGAUCUCAACACACAGCACGAGCAGCUUGAGGAGAGUUAUCAACAGCUUGUGGCUGAAUACAGAAGGACUGUGGAACGGCUUGCACAAGCAUAGAGAGAGCAGAUUUUCUCUAGUAAAAUAUGGUCUCUGAUAUUACACAUCUCAUGAUCUAGCCUUGAAAAUAUUCUUCCAGUAAUUGCAUAUUCACUAUGUAUCACUCCACAGUUUCCGUAGGCUUCUUUACUUCUAUGAAACAUUCAAAUGGAGACCUAGCACUGGUCUGAAAUUUUCUAAGGCUAGAUGGUCAGGUCAGAAAGUUUGCAACAAUGAAUUGUUUAAUUUACAACGUAACAAAAUAACUUGUUAAACCUAGAUGAUGCCAUUAGCUGCAUGUUACAUAACUAAUAAAAAUCUGUAAAAGACA